UUAAUAAAUAACGUGUUCGAUAGCUGUAAACGGACCUUCUCAUUUUAUAUAAAUAUUUCUAAAUUUAUUAAAACGCAAAUAUGUAAUUUGUGGUCGCUAAUAACCGUGAUCAUUAAAAAAAGAAGAGAAGAAAGAAAAGGAGUAUGUGAAUUGUUGUCGCGGUUGUGUGAAACGCGAGAAACAACGACCCUUUAAAAUAAAACAAAAACGGGGAGAAAAGAGGCACUCCUGUGGAGGAGCAAAAUGCAGGUCGAUAUAAUCCCUCCAUUGAUUAAAGUCGAUGUUUUGUCAGAAUUCUCUACCCCAAAGGACAACGCUCGUAGUGGGGUGGCCGACGAAUAAGGGUAAGGGAGAGAAUUCUGGCCGUCGACCCCGCUUUAGUUGCCUUAUGAACCGCGCGUGAGUCGUUCGCGUUUCACCCCAACAUCUCGACCAUAAUUCACGAUAUUUUUCUUCUCGUUAAACGCGUAAUUCAACAGUCUAUUCUAUCGUUAAAUCCGUCGUGUACCAUCGUGUGAUUUUUUAAAAACGAAAGGUGCAACAAAUUAGUUGCCUUAUGAACCGCGUGUGAGUCGUUCGCGUUUCACCCCAACAUCCCGACCAUAAUUCACGAUAUUUUUCUUCUCGUUAAACGCGUGAUUCAACAGUCUAUUUUAUUAUUAAAUCCGUCGUGUACCAUCGCGUACCAUCGUGUGAUUUUUUAAGAAUGAAAGGUGCAACAAAUUCGUCGGAGAGAUUUCGGUAGACCGGCAGUUGUUGAAUGCGUUUGAUGGUCUUCAAUCGAUUUUUCCGCUCGCAAAUUUUCCAUCGAAAUUAUAAUAUUCGCCAUGUCGUGGCAGUGUUGGAUUUCCUAUUUUACGAAAUGUAAUGUUUUUCAGAUAUCGUCUUUUUAUUUCAGACUCGUAUCUCGGCUGUAUGUAUUUAAAUAACACGUGACGUAUAUUUUUUAAUAUUGUACUUCGUUGUACUUACUUUAUUUAAUUUUUUAUAGUGAUCAUUGGUUCGUCAACAAUUUUGUCGGUUUGAUAGUAUUUCUUCGUCAAAGAUUAAAUUUUUAAACGACGAGCAUACGUUUUUACAGUUCAUCUUACGUUAUUUCGCUCAACGUUUUAGUUUCAUUCGUAUAAAUGCAAUUCUCGCCGGUUAAUUUUUAGCUCGGAAAAUGAAUUAGAAAGAAGUUGUAUAGCUGCAGUGUCCAUUCCAUGAAUCGUGAGAUCGAAUUACACCGGAGGACGUGAGACACUUUUGAAUCGUGAAAAUGAAAAAGUAUCGGAGGAACAAGGAGUGAAAGUUUACGCGUGUUAAACAUCCUUGGAUAUCGAUUCGCGUAAAUUGCUGUGGCGCGUUCACGAACAGUGCAUUUAUGUUUUCUCCCUCUGCGAGCCGGGAAAAAUUCUCGAAGAAAAUGCUUGCGUCGAAAUAAACGAGAAAAUCGAAUGAAACACGGAUGACCAGCUGGAUAUGAAUUUGAAAUCUAAAUGGCUCUUCCUUGGAACACUAAUUACUAUCCUCCUUGAAUACGGUUUCGCCAAAUCGAUUAUGAAAGAGGAAGACGAGCUUGGUGUGUUGAACAUCGAUUCACCCUCUUCUCACGUCGCUCUUUCCGGAGAUCUUACGGUGCUUCUCGUGAAAUCGGAUUCAACUUUAAAGGAAGCAAAUCGUACAGAUAAAUUACUAAAGGAGAAUGGUAAUGAUCCUGAGCGGAUAGAAAAUGUCUCUAACGAGUUGCCUCUAUUGCGAAUAUUGUACCUUCUCGAUAACAUAUCAGAAUUAAUCGGUGAGAUUCGAUUGGAAAAAUUGCCAUCGAGGAACGAGACCAUUUCGAUUAAUAUACCUUGCGGAUAUUUCACUCGCGGUGGUAUAUACGCUCUACGAGUAGAGUACAAAUACAAAAAUUCUUCAGUGCCUAUUGCCUCCCUCUAUCAGACGAGUAAAAUAUUGGACGUGAAAUGGCCGACCCCUACAAUCUUUUUAGAAUCCCAACGAAUAGCUACUUACCCAAAUAAACGCGUCACGACCACUGUAAAAUACGAUGGAACGAGUUGCAGUCCAACGGAAAAUGUUCCUGUAGCUGUCUAUAUUUUACAAUUGAUAUAUUGCGGGUCCAGCGUGACCGCUUGUUAUUUACAGAAUAACACUCAUACUCAAAUUUUAUAUUACGAGGAAAUAAGAGGUUUCGUACCGCCGAAGACUAUUCUCUUCCGGUGUGAAUUUUUCGGACUGCCUGGAAAUUAUGCGAUCAGAUUGAAAGCCUCCAACGUCAAUCCGACGGCACCAAAUACCAGUGUUUAUUUCAAGGUGUAUUGGUCGGAAGACUUCAAAUUGACGGUCCAUGCAAGGUCGAUAUACCCUUGCGAAGGGCUGGGAGGUGUAGCCGUCCUUUUCGAAUAUCCUUCCUGUCGCCUGGAAGGCGAUCGUGUCCGUGUCUACGGCCGUUUGAAAGCCGACGUUACUUCAGUUGCUUCGCCAUCCAGUCUCCAUUACAUUACGGAAUCCAGAUCGAUACCCGGCAGACACUCCUUAACUUUCGAUUGCGAUCUAUUCACCGAAACCUUUGUCGAAUACUGUUUCGUCUACGUUAGCCAGGCCAUCACCGGUGCCAUGAUGGAUGUCACGAUAUCUUGUAUACCUACGUUUCCAUUUCAAGGUGAUGCUCCUGGUUGGGGUCCUUGGAGUUCUUGGAGUCCUUGCAGCAGCUCGUGCUUCGGAGGAAUUCGAAAUCGCUAUCGUUUUUGCGACACUCCUCCUCCAAAGUAUGGAGCUAAAUUUUGCCACGGAAAGGCAGUAGAAACCGAGUUGUGCGGUAAAAUGUUUUCGGAAGGUUUUAAUAAAUACGAGUUGUCCAAUCAAAUAGAAGGUUCCGAAUGCCACGGUGCAGCUUUAGCUGUAACAAAACCGGAAAUCGCGGCUGAAAUUGGGCCUCAAUGUCGAUGCGGGUGCCGCGUUAUGCUGCAAGAACAACUCUCUAGAAAAAUACUUGCAGCCAAUACUCAAGCAUGCCCUGGUCGAUCUUUCUGGCUCCUACAGGCGCAGACGGAUUUCGUAAUUGGAUUAUAUUUAGACCAGCUGCAAUUCCCUUGCCCGGGACAAUACUUUCGUGUCCGAGAUGGGAAUUCUUUAAACGCGGAUCUCUUGACCGAUAUUUCUUUGGGUAAAACGCAACACACUGCAAAGACAGUGAUUAGCAGUGGAGACAAUUUGCUAUUGGAAUUUUUUAGCGAUGAACUCACGGCAUCCGGAGACAGUUGCAUCGGUGGUUUUCUUGCUCAUGCAACUGUACUAGAUAAAAAGUAUUUAAAAAGAAACGGAAGUAGUAUAACCGUCGUGCCUUCUGAAACGAAUCCAACGAGCAUUGAAAAGGAAUGGAUUUUUUGGAAACCAGCGCAUUUAGUAACUGCUUUGCUUUUAAUCCUGAUGUUCGUCAUUUCUAUCUUCUUGACUUUGCAGUUCAUUAUAAAAUACAGAAAGUAUCGUAUCGCCGAGGAUCUGGACACUUUCAGCGAUGUUUCCGAACUAAUGCCUGGGAGAUUCAAGUUUCUGUCCACAAGUACAAUUAUUUCUGACAUGAUAUCAAUGAUAGAGGCAACCGUAAAAGAUUCAACGAAAGAUACUUUGUGCAAUACGGAAGAACAAUAUAAUAGUACCGAGACUUUAACUGGAUACAAUGACGGCGCCACGCUGAGCUCUAGUACAUUAAAAUUGAACGAAACCGUGGAAACUUCUUCCGAUAAAACCAUAACGUCAACGAAAUCCCAUUGUGAUAAAUUAUUAUUAGCUUCCAGUAUCCUUGUUUAUAACAAACCCGAAGUCAAAUAUGCCUAUCCUGUAAAAUUGCAAACUAUAGAUUUUAAUGGUCCGGAAGAAAAGACGUUGAAAGUAGAAAUUGAAAGAUUGCAAGAUAACAGAAGCAAUAAUUCUUUGAAAACACAAGGAAGCAAUGAAACUAAUUAUUCAGAAGAAAAGGAAUCUGUUCUUGGAAGUGUCCUUUCGAGUCCAUCGACUUUGGGGAGUGGAAAAGAAACGAAAGAAAGAAGAAAUUGGGAGAAACUUAUGCAACGACCGGGAUCAGAAUUUAGUCUGGCUAAUCCUGAUUCGGAAUUAGAAUUAGACUACUACGAUUAUAAUGUAGCAAAUGCUAGCGCUGUUCCUGGCUCUUACCUAGGAAUGGAUCCUGCUUUUUUAGUUUGGAUUCCACCAAUCGAAGAGAUCAAACUUGACGCAGAGGAACUUUGUUUAGGGAGCAAAAGAAACUCCAUUCUGACUCAUGAAACCGAGGGCGUUGCAUUGACACCAUCCGAGUAUAGAAAAAUGAAACUGUCUAGUUUCCAAGAAUUCGAAUUUGACUUCGAGCAAGGCGAAAAAUAUUUUAAGAACGAAGAGAUAAGUUGCCGAAGUUUUGAUUAUGAAAAUUUAAUUCGCGACGAAGCUUCUGGAAAUUCCAGGACAAGGGCAUACGAGAAAUUACUUCCUGUGCGAAAACUCUUAGCGGAUUCUAGUAUUAAAGUUAGCAUGGACUCUGUAUCUGGAAUUCUCGAACAUAAACAAUAUUGUGUUAUUCCAAACAGAAGGAUCGGUAUAGGUAGAGAUGAAGAACCAGUCGAGGAAUCUAAUUCUUCUAAAAGCGUUCUUGGAAGCCCUAUAAACAUACUUCAUAUCGAUGAAGACAAUAAAGAAAAGUUGAAUCUUACUCCAAAGAAAGUUUACCAAGGAAAUUUUCCAAACGUAAACCAGAACUCGGAUCAGAAACUAAUCAAAGAUCAAGAUGAGGAUACAAGAAACGGACAGUGCAAAUAUAAAGAAUUAAUGGAUUGCACUCAGUCGUUCGAAAACAAAAAGGACGUGGUAAACAUUCCUAUGACGGAAUUGUCAGGUAGUCCUUUAAAAAAUUUUGCUCAGAUCAAAAAACUGAAUAACAAAGAUAUCGAUGCUUCGUUAAAUAUUCAAAGCCCAGAUUUCGGGAUCGAAACACUUUGCAUAAAGCAAGGAUCGUUUUUUGAUAUGGACAUUAGAUUUGUUGAUGAUGACGACGACGACUAUGUUGAUUAGAAAUUAUAAUAAGAUUAUCUUCGGGAUAUUUCAGAGAUCAAAAAAGAAGCUCAGACCACUUACCUUUUGGAAGUAAUGUACUCCCUAAUGUAUUCAAAAAGAAAUUUGAUUAUUUAUAUUUGUAAUAGAGUAAUAAUAGCAAUAUUAGUAAGUGUUAGCUUAGAUCUACUAGCUGGA